GGAUGUGUGCAUGUGAUGGAUUCCUUUGCAGAUUACUUCAGUAAUGGUGGAAGAGUGAUAUUCAUGUUGGUUGAAGCCCUGGAUAUAUACCUCAUUGGAACGGUCAUGCUAGUAUUUGGAAUGGGUCUCUAUGAGCUCUUCAUCAGUAACUUCGAUGUGGCGAAGACUUCUUCCCAUGUAUCAAGUCUCAUUGGGCUGUUCAAACUUCCGGCAAGGCCUAAAUGGUUGGAAAUAAAGUCUGUAAGUGAGCUGAAAACAAAAGUUGGACAUGCGAUAGUGUUGGUCCUACUGAUUGGCUUGUUUGAUAAGAGCAGGAAAGUGACAAUUUGUUCUCCUAAAGAUCUACUCUUCUUUGCUGUAUCCAUCCUCUUGUCCUCAGGUUGCCUCUAUCUCCUGUCACAGCUUCAGACUUCCACUUGAAGUAGAGUGAGGAACAGCAGAGAAUUAAAUUUUGGAGUCUAUACAAAAUUAGGAUGCAUUAGUUACAGUUCUUAAAUAAUAGUUCAAGUGUAACUUUGUCAAGGAUGAACAUCAUAACUGGCAUAGAAAGUCACAAAAUGUUUGGAGUUUUCAAAGAUAUAUUUGAAGAUCUUUCUUAUCUCGUAAGCAGAUUCUGUUACUGGUCUUAUUAUAUUGUUACAAUAACGUGUGCCUUUAGUUAGAAAAUAUUGCAGGAGCAGGUUGUCAAGAA